AUGUUGUCGAAAAGAAUACUACGGAAUAAAAUAAGAUCUCUGUUUAUCCAGCAAAACAGAUCAAUAGUGAUAAAUAAUGAUCUACGAAUAAAGCUCGCGGAAUCUUCAUUACAUCCUGUUGUAAUAAUUGGUGGUGGGCAUGCUGGAUGUGAAGCAGCUACAGGUUCAGCAAGAUCAGGAACUACUACAACAUUAAUUACACCAGAAAUAAGUAAAAUAGGGACAGCUUCUUGUAAUCCAUCAAUGGGAGGUGUUGGAAAAGGAACUUUAUUGAGAGAAGUAGAUGCAUUAGAUGGUGUAAGUUCCAGAAUAACCGAUAAAGCUGGUAUACAUUUCAGAAUAUUAAAUGCGUCAAAAGGACCUGCAGUGCAUGGUCCAAGAGCUCAAAUCGACAGAAAAAUUUAUUUGAAUGAAAUGCAAAACGAGAUUUGCAAUUACCAAAAUUUAUCAAUAAUUGAAGCCCAGGUUAAGGAUAUAAUUAUAGAACCAACUCAGUCUGAAGAUCAAAGUGGGAGAAAGUUUGGUAAAGUCAAAGGUAUAAUACUAGAAGAUGGAAGAGUACUAAGAUGUGACAAAAUUGUGGUCACAACAGGUACAUUUUUAGGUGGAGAAAUACAUAUAGGAUUAAAAGCAUUUCCUUCAGGUAGAAUGGGAGAAAAAGCAACUUUUGGAUUAUCAAAAACUUUCAAAGAAGCUGGGUUCAGAUUAGGUAGAUUAAAAACAGGAACACCUGCAAGAUUAUCAGCAAAAACAAUUGAUUUUUCAAAUAUGAUUGAACAACCAUCAGAUUUCCCACCACAACCAAUGUCAUAUAUGAAUGAUAAAGUCGAACUUGAAAAUCAACUUGUGAAAUGUUAUCAAACUCAAACCACUCCAGAAUUUCAUAAAAUGAUUGCUGAAAAUCUUGAUAAAUCUAUACAUAUAAGAGAAACAGUUAAAGGUCCAAGAUAUUGUCCCAGUAUUGAAUCAAAAGUCAUAAAAUUUCCUCAAAAACAAUUUCAUACUGUUUGGUUAGAGCCAGAAGGAUUAGAUACAGACUUGAUCUAUCCAAAUGGUAUAUCAUGUACUAUGCCAGAAGAGAUACAAGAGAAACUAGUUAAAUUAAUGCCAGGAUGUGAAAAUGUAAAAAUGGAGCAACCUGGUUAUGGAGUAGAAUACGAUUACGUUGAUCCAAGAGAGUUGAAAAAUACUUUAGAAACUAAGUUAGUGGAUGGAUUAUAUUUAGCUGGUCAAAUAAACGGUACUACUGGGUAUGAAGAAGCUGCCUCACAAGGUUGUAUAGCUGGAAUCAACGCAGGACUUUCUUACUUGCAAAAGCCGUUGUUAGAGUUGAAAAGAUCGGACGGUUAUGUUGGUGUUUUAAUUGACGAUCUUAUUACCAAAGGAGUUGAAGAACCUUACAGAAUGUUCACAUCUAGAUCCGAAUUUAGAGUCUCCAUCAGAUCAGAUAAUGCAGAUAUCAGACUUACGGAAUUAGGUUACAAUUUGGGAGUUGUCGGUGAUCAAAGAUACAAUCACUUUUCUAAAGAACUUCAGCAAUUUGAAAAUAUAAAGAGCCACUUGAAAAACUUAAGGUUAUCAGGAAGAACUUGGUCACCAGCUUUAUCAGGUGCAGCAACAGAUUUGAGGUCAAAUAAUCAUGUAGAUGGAUGGAAAUUGUUAUCAUACAAAGGAGUUUCGAUUAACGAUAUGUUACCACACAUGAGCAAAUUUGUCGAGAAAGUACCAGAUUUCUACAACAACUUAACAAGCAGAUUAUGUAAUCGUAUUGAUGUUGAAAGUGAUUAUGAACCGUUUAUGUUUAAGGAAAAAACCCAUUUAAACGCAUACGAAGCUGAUGAAAAUUUAGUACUUCCUACAAAUUUCAAUUACACUAAUGAAGGUAACUUGAAAAUAUCUUAUGAAGCUUGUUCAAUUUUGAAUACUAUACAACCAAAAACCAUUGGUCAAGCUCGUAGAAUACAAGGUAUUACUCCAACUGCUAUUUUCGAAUUAUUAAAAUUGGUAAGAAAUCAAAGACAGUUAUCAGCAGCCAGUAUUUCCUAA